CGACAGAUUGGGUUCGUGCAGUCUAUUCCUCCAGCUCCUAUGAGACCAGCCAAGGCUCUUCGACCGGCACACGGAACCUACUCCGUGACCUUUCCUUCUUCUGCUGCUGCAUUUGUGGAGGCGUGGAGUAGGUUCCCCUACAGUGGCCGCCUUGUUGAGCAGGGACUUCGACGGGCUACUGUUCCUUCAGAGACUGAACCUAAUUACGUUGAAUGGUUCAGAGUUUGCUCGCACCCGUACAUAUCCCGAGACGAAUUGCUGGCUUCCGGUCCUGGUCCUGGUCAGAGCAGAUGUGAUUACUUCGCGAAAGAAUGGGCCAGUCGAUUCUCUCCAGUGGCAAGACUACCUACGCGGCUUGCGGAUUUGAACUCCCGUGAACGACAUGCGUUAGAAAUAUACCUUAAUGAUUGUAGAGAAUUAUAUGAUCAAUGGCAAACUGAUCAAGGGCAAGGCCCUGAAUAG